UCCCCGCGCGUCGUCCUCCUCGUCCUCCGUUUCCAGCGUUCGGCUGGAGUACCCCGGCAGCCGUCGCCAUGCUACCCGCCGCGCUGCUCCGCCGUCCGGGCCUGCGUACCCUCGCACGCCAGGCCCGCGCCUACGCCGAGGCCGCCGCUGCUCCGGCCCCGGCUGCGGGCCCGGGACAGAUGUCCUUCACCUUCGCCUCACCGACGCAGGUGUUUUUCAACGGUGCCAAUGUCCGGCAAGUGGAUGUCCCCACACAGACAGGAGCCUUUGGCAUCCUUGCGGCCCACGUCCCCACCCUGCAGGUCCUGCGGCCGGGGCUGGUGGUUGUCCAUGCUGAGGACGGCACCACCUCCAAAUACUUUGUGAGCAGUGGCUCCGUCACAGUGAACGCUGAUUCCUCCGUGCAGUUGCUGGCCGAAGAGGCCGUGACGCUGGACAUGCUCGACGUGGGGGCAGCCAAGGUGAACUUGGAGAAGGCACAGUCGGAGCUGUCAGGGGCCGCGGAUGAGGCCUCCAGGGCUGAGAUCCAGAUCCGCAUCGAGGCCAACGAGGCCCUGGUGAAGGCUCUCGAGUAGGCGGUGCGUGGCCCUGGCCAGCAGCGAAACCGAGGCCCAGAACUGGGCAGGGGGUGUCCCGGGCAGGCUGAGCCGGCUGGCAGGGGGCCGGUCUGACGGCGGGGGGGGGGGGGGG